AUUGUAAAUUUGCUGAGUUUUCGAUCCCACUUACGGUAACAACUUGUGGAUGCUUAUUUACAGUAGCGCUAGUUACAUUUACACAUAAACACCUUUCCGAUUUGUCAAUACACUUUAAAGAAUUCAAUGAGAAUACAGAAGUGUUGUUGGUUAUCUUGCAUUUGAAAUGUCAAGUGUUGCGGCUUCUGGUUUAAUUGGCCCAAAUUCUGGUCUUAUUCCUUCACAGGUCGUGAGAAACAAUCUUGGAAAUUCAGAUGAGACUUUCAUUCGAAGAGAUCUCACAAAACCUCAGGAAUACGAAUCGGAAACCGAGUCGGACACUACUACAGACGAUGAUGAUACAAGUGAUGACGAUAAACGACUAGCUAAUAAUCCAGUACUUAAAGAGCGAUUAAAACAGCUCGAUCGGUAUGCUACCCCAAUCAAACAUCAUGCUCACUCUCCAGUUCAAAUGAGUGAUCAACACACCCUAUCUGGUUUAUACGCCACAAACAUGUUAGCUUCUGAUCAUACACCUCACAGUGGUCCUGUUUCUAUUCAUGUGAAACCCAAUGAAUCCUCUGAGGUAAUAGAUAGUAGCUCUACUCCUCCUGAAUAUCGUUCUCACCAAUUAUCUGUCGCUGAAUCACCAACUCCUUGCAGUGGUCCUGCUUCUCUUAAUACAUCUCUCACUCCCAAACAUAAUCUUUCCCCACCGUAUACCAUUUCGGGUAAUAAUACCACCAUUCGUGGACCGAUGCAUCAGCAUGAAACAGAUGUAGCUGAUACGUAUUUCCACCUUUCAAAUACUUUACCACAUAAGUCUAACGAAUUACCACCUGGAUACAAAUAUGGCCUAUCUUUUAACUCACUUGAUGUGAUUCAUUCGAAUGAUAUUUUUGUUGAGAAAGUUGGGGCUAACCAAGACUGCGUUUGUAAAGUCUGUCACACUGCGUAUCCUAACCGAUCUUCUCUACGAAAUCAUAUGAAGAAGCAUGAAAAUCAUAGCUUAAAGCGUCAUCAAUGUGAUCACUGUCCGUAUUCCACACAGUAUGGGAAGAACCUAACCAAACAUAUAGAGUCGAUGCAUACAGUUGCUAAUUCUCAAGAACUUCACUGUGAAGGUUGCUCUCAACGCUUUCCAAGUGAGACUCUUCUACGUGAUCAUGAUUGUAUUAUGGCUCAGUGCAACACUUAUCGAUGUAAUGAAUGUGGCAGAGUAUUCAAGACGAAAUUGCGUUUAAGAUAUCAUACAGAUGUACACAAUCCAAGAAAACCUUAUGUGUGUGACAUUGAAGGUUGUGAUCGAGCUUUUCGUACGCCAAAGUAUCUCAAAAAUCACAGGGAUGAAUUUCACAGAAUACAUCCCAAAAACUACGCAUGUCCAGUAGAACAAUGUGACUUAGUUUUUCACCGAAAAACCCAUCUAAAGCGUCAUAUUGCCACACAUGAGGGUAAGAAUUUUUCAUUAAAGCGUAUUGUUACAUUAUGUCAUGAACUCAUUCAGCAUCGUGAAUGGAAUUUCAAGUAGCUCGAAAACUGGGAAUCCAUGUUUUAAUUUUUUUUACUGUCCAUCAUUAAGUUGCAUUUAAGUCAAGUUUAUUUAAAUGCCCCUGCUUUUUGCAACUUAGAUCUGCGCUUUUGAAACUUUGAAUUCAAUAUGAUGUCAUGUAUGCGAUCACCAUCUUUUAGUUUUAUGUGGUGAUUGAUUCGGCCCUUUGUUGCUGUCAAACCGUGUGAUUUGUUUUUUAUUUUAAAGCAAACAAUUGAAAGCCCACCAUAUUAAAUUUAAAUAAUUACAUGUAAAGGAUAUGGUGGUUAUUUUCCCCCUAAUAUUUUGUUCCAGCAUGAACUCUGUAGUUUUAUUGAUUGUGUCACAAGUACAGAAAAUGGAUUGUUUUGAAAAAGUCUAAAUUUACAUUCUUAAUGGUUCUAAGGCUUUUCUGCAAAUUUUGUUCCGGUUACAUGGUCGUACAUCUCCACUAACUUGAGUCUGGUUAUUAUCUUUUUGGCAAUUGAUAAAACAAACUAUGUUUAGGUUUUCUUUUGAAAUCGCUAACCCAAUAUGUUGAGUUUCUACAUAGCGUGCCUAAUUAUCAGAUGACUAGUUUGACUGGAAUAGCAUUUCCCACCUAGGAUUUGUCAUAUCGUCUUAUUUGAAGUCUAAAUCCGAUCAAUUUUUGUAAAAUUUAAGAGAAUUCACCCUUCUGAUUGUGUGUUUAGACCUGAUUAAUGAAUAAUGAAACUUUUUACUUUAUCAUAUGGCAAUCAAAUUACUAGUUUGGGUUAACUUCUGAUAACCUCCACUACUAAAUUUAGUGAUUCCAAGUCAUACACCAGAACCAAAUAGAAUUUUACCAAAGUAUUGAACUCAAGCUGAGAAGACACUUGCUUACUUCCGCCUGUUACCCCUCAUGUGGUAGCAUAGGCCGCCCACCAGCAUGCUCCAUCCAACUCUGUCCUGGGCAAUCCUUUUCGUGUUUGCUUCUAAUUCCCGGCGCAAUGCGUUCUUUGGUCUUUCUCUUUUCCGUUUCCCUCUAGAAUUUCAAGUUAGCGCUUUCCUGAUGAUGCAGUUUGAUGGUUUCUCCAAUGUGUGUCCUAUCCACUUUCAACAUAUUUUCCUAAUUUGCUCUUCAUCUGGCAGUUGGUUUGUUCUUUCCCGCAGUAGGCUGUUGCUGAUGGUAUCCGGUCAACGGACAUUGAAUAUAUUUUGUAGACAAUUGUUUAUAAAUACUUGUACUUUUUUAUGAUGGUUGUGAUAGUUCUCCAAGUUUCAGCUCUGUACAAUAGAACUAACUGCCUUGACGUUCGUAUUGAAGAUUCUGACUUUGGUGUUGGGUUGCAGACAGUUAUUCUGAGUUCCAUAUGUUUUUUAACUGUCGGAGUGUGCCCUUGCUUUGCCACUCUUCGCCUUCGCAUCCGCAUCAGAUCCUCCUUAUUUAUUAUUGACGCUGCUCAGGUACGUAAAUUUUUCCACUUGUUCUGGAGCUUCUCCAUCGAGUGUGAUUGGGUUGGUAUUCACUGUGUUGUAUUUGAGGGUCCUACUUUUUCCCUUGUGCAGGUCGAGGCCUACUGAUACAGAGACUACCACCACACUAGUUGUCUUCAUCUGCAUUUGCUGUUGUAUAUGGGAUUGAAGGACUAGGUCAUCUGCGAAGUCCGAAUAGUCUAGCCACAUCCAAACUGUCCAUUGCAUUCUGUGCUUCCCCUCAAAUGUGAAAAUAUUCACAAUCCAACAAACCGCCAGAUGAAAGGCAAAGGAGGAGAGUAAGCAGCCUUGUCUGACUCCAGUCCCCACUUGGAAUGAGUCUGUCAGCUGUCCUUCAUUCACGACUUUUCAGUGUAGUCCGUCAUAUGAAUUCCGGAUGAUGUUGGCAAUUUUCUCAGGUUACAUCAUAGUGUCAAGAAAGGUUCCACAAGGUCCUUCUAUCCACAGUGUCAAACACCUUCUCGUAGUCAAGGUGCUUGAUAUUUAGUGAUAAGUUUUAUUCACUUGAUUGUUCGACGAUGAUCCGUAGUGUUUCCAUUUGAUCUGUACACGGCCGGUUCGUACGGAAUCCGGUCUGUUGGUCUGGAAGCUGAGCAUCUACUGAAUCUUUCAUCUGGUUCAAUAUUUUUUAUUGGUGUGACCAACAAAUCUGCAGUUUGGUCGUUAUGAUCAAGUCAUUACUACUAAUUGGUUCUUCUUAUGUUAGAUUACAAUUGGAGAGAGGACAUUUAAAUGGCAACACUAUUGUAUUAUUCGUAGGUGACUGGAAAGAGGUUGCUGAUUCAGUAUUUUUGAAAAGAAUUCUGAAAAGAAAUAUCAAUGUCAGUGGCCUAAUUGCCAGCGUCGGUUUUGCAGUGAAGAAACACUAAACCUUCAUUAUCGCAAGCAUACUGGUGAAAAACCUUUUAGUUGUGCUCUCUGUUUGUAUAAUUGUUAUGACAGAUCAAGUUUGAACGAACACUAUCAGAUACAUCAUGCCAAGGAUGGGAAUAUUGAUUAUGAUUCUAAGGAUAUUCACCACCAAAUGCCUUCGUCUUGUUCAUCACAACAUCCGGAGACGCUGGAAUACAGAGGAACUUGCACUGCUGGAGGCUUAGUAACACGAACAUCUACACCUGUACCAACUUUACGUCAUCGAAUGGCUGAUAUUUUAGACUCAUGUGCUCCCCAGGUUCCUGGACCUCUUGACGCAGAGAUUAGUGGGAUUUUGGAUAGCCUUGACAAAGAAUCGGAUCUACCAGACUUAUUUGGCAGUGGAGGAUUCGAAACAGAUCGUUCGAACACGGAAAGAAAAUUUAUUGAUAACUCAAACCAGUGUGUCAAUGGUCUAAUUUUUCCUUGUCGACAAAAUAUACAACCGUCAUGUGCAACCCCAUUACCCUCGGUCUCGUCAUCCAGUGCCAUCACAACAGAAUCUGGAAGUAACGAGUCUAGUUUGAACUUGGUUUUGCUUAAUAUUCUUUCAGAACUUCAACAUGCAGAGUUAUCUGGUUCCGUUGAGGAGUUCGAAAAAGCGAAAUCACACGUUUUAUCUGUACUUCCAACAUUCGUGAUAGGAGAAAAGCUAACUACCCAGAUUAGUGAAAUUGUUGACGAAGUAAAUGAUGCUCUCGUAGCCCAGCCUUUGCAUGUCGUACGGGCUGCUUUUCAUACUGCUCGUCCCUUCACUCGUGAAGAAUCAUAUAUGAUCGGAUUACUUGAACAGCAAAUGUCAUCUGAGUCCUCCCUAAUAGCCCCGAAUCCUCCAAGAAGACGCGGUAGGCGUCCGAAACUUCAACAGCAACUACAACCUUAUCUUCAACGCAUAUUUUGUUUAGAAUCUGGAGCAGCAGAAUCUAUGGCAUCACAGUUAGUAAACGCCUCACAGAAGGAUAAGCGAUCCAGUUAUUAUGGCUACUAUAGAAGCUCUGGGUUUAAAAGAGGUCGGAUUUCUCGUAGUCGUGAAAGACCUAGUAAAAAUUUCCAAUUAAGCGUGAAAGUCCCACGGGAUGAAUCAGUUUCAGGAACUAACCAUUUUAAUCACUCUCAGUAUCAUCCCUCGGGAAUAGGUAUAUCCUGUGGUAGUAUUGCAAGAAAACAUCAAGGUAGUGGGGGAUAUCAUAUUGAACGAAUAUCGGAUAAUAUCCAUACUAACUUUUCCAAUGAAAUCAGUUCUCAAAGAAAUCUUAUGGAGCAAUAUAAUACUCACUCCGAACUUAUUGAUAAUUUAAAGCGCCCGAAUGGCUUUCAUUCUAUUCAUUCACAGCUACAGUCAGAAGGCUUUAAUUAUUCAACGGAGAGGUUUCGUUUUCCACAAGAAGAUCUCUUAAAACUGAAUAGGAAGUUCCGAAGUCCCGAUGGUGAAUUCGAUGAUGGUGAAAAUAGUGAUAUUUUAACUCGUAGAUAUAUGCAUAUUCAAAAAAAAUCUGAUUCAGCUCAUAAAGAUAAUAGAAUAAGAGAUCAUGUGAUGAGAGAAUCCAAUUUUGAAAGUGAAGAAAAUUCCAGACGCGAUGAUUCACAUGGUGUAAAGAAGUUUCUAGAUCAAGAAACACUCGGCGAAAUGCUAGAAGAUUUCGGUGUUAUAGUACAGCGAAUCGGAGAAACAGCUGUAGCGAGAAAACAUCAGAGCUACUUAGAUGGUCAACCACUUAAUCUUUCUGAUUUUACACAUGGGGAACAGUUUUCAGGUUCUAUAAACUCUCGUCCUAUUCACAACAAAAAUGGAAAUGAUGCACAAUCUACCCAGCUCCCAUCAAUGGUAACUUUAACCUCAGGUAGUGUCAGUACUCCUCCGAGUGUCGAAGAACGUACUCCAGGUUGUGUUUCGAAUGCCGAACCUCAAGUUCUAUCUCCUCAUUUGUCUACAGCAUCUUUGCACGCUCCAUCAUCGAUAAAGUCGUCUCAUCCGUACAAUCAAUCCAGCACACCAAUAUCAGAUACUGACAGUUUAAUUUCAGGUAAACCGUCCACCAUCACGUUAAACACUUCUCAUAAGUCAGAGCAGAUGACAUACAAUUCAGCUAGUAAUAAUUACCAUCGAGUUGCACCAAUGUGGUCUUGUGAGUCUAUGUGUUGUCCACUAACUCGAGAUGAGGAAGUCAGUAAAGCAGAGGAAUCUUGCCCUGGUAACGAUUAUUCCUCUCAGGUUGGUCAAACAAGAAUUACUCAGUCCGAAGGAAAUUACUCUGAGGAACCAAAUGGGGACAAAAACCAGUGCUUUUAUCCAAAAGAUUUAAGUACUAGAGUACUAUCUUUUAAAGCUGGUUCUGAUUCUACUCAUAACUCGUCAACUCAACCAAGAGCUUUUACAAAACCUGAUCCCAGUGACCCUGAGUUCUCUGGCUUGAGAUAUGAAACAUUAGUUAGUCGUCCUGUUCACUUAUCUUCCAAAGCCUCAGCAAUGGGUUCAUUGAUAUCAGCAGCUGAGGCAGUUGAUCAUUUGCGGUCUUUAUCUGCUUUAGGAGCUAAGUAUACAGCAUCUGUUGGUGCACCGACGGAGGGUCAGUACCAGCCUCAUCAGAAUUUACGUCCUGGAGAUUAUUCUUACAACUGCACCCAUGUUCAUUCAGAUGGUUUACCGCGAAAUGAUUCCUCAGAACAUUCUGAAUCUGCAACUUCAUAUUUGUCAUAUAACUCUGCGCUAAUUCCAACUCAGAAUGCAUUUAGCGCCAAUGUGCCAUCACUAAAUAGUCUCCUCUAUCGUGGUCAUAAAUCAGAGGAAUAUCUUAAUUCUUUAUCUGGAGUAACUGGUAAUGAAUUAAAUCAUGAUAAUUCCAUUAACAUCGAUUCAAUUUCCGCAACUAACACCAAUAUUAAUGCUCAGAAUGAUGUCAAAUCCUUAUCAGUCAUCAGAUCUACUGGUUUCGGAAAUUACAUUAAUUCAAGUGCAUUUGGUAAUCUGAAUAAUUACUCAUCUGCGGCUGCUGCCGCCGCUUAUCACCACUUAUCACGUUGUAAUACUAGCAGUAAUAAUAAUAAUGCAGACGAUCAACUUGAAUUAAUAGGACGUCAUAAUUAUACGAAUAAUCCAACUUCUUCCUCGUCAUCGUCAUUAACUCAUUCCUUUAUCACAUCAUGUGCAUCUCCAUCUAUUUCAGUACGAUCUAGUCUUCAAGAAUUUUAUCAGAAUCGGCAUCACCAUCAUCAUCAUCAUCAACAGCAGCAACAGUCAAUUAUUAGACCACCAGUUCAAGAAUUAACAACACGUCGACUUUUAUCUGAAGCAGCUGCAACAGCCUAUGCACAUGGUCUAGGUCGAUGUGAUAGUCAAACUAUUGGUGGAUUACCUGUUUCAUCUAUGCUCCAAGAAGCCCAUUUUGAAAAUUUACGUAAUAAUCAAUUCAACCCAACUGGGUCAUCAUGUACUCAAAAUCAGUCUCGUCAUCAUUCAACUGGGAAUAAUCAGUACAAUACACAGUUAUCAGUACCAUCUAACAAUCGAUUACUGAAUGAAUAUAUGUUUUCUAGUAAUAAUAAUUCAACUAGUGAAUAUUCGAAUACAAAUUAUACAGAACAUAAUCCCGGUGCUACAAAUGUGCUUGAUAGUAGCAUUAAUCCACUUUACUCGUCUCAUUUACAUCAAAGAACAAAUAUCAUGCAUAAUGCUUUAUCUAAAUCUAUAGAACAAUCUCAGUCAAAUAAUGCUAGUCAGUUAGUUCAUUCGAUUAAUGAAGUAUCUAAUUUAGCAGCAGCUGAAGCGGCAGCCGCUGCCGCUUAUGCAUACCAUCAAUAUCAACAACAAGCACAAGUUAUGAAUCGUCAACAUUCAAUCAUUUCGCAACAACCACCAAAUGCACAUAUAAACUAUCAAAAUUUAUUUAAUCAAACUAAUCGUUCUUACAAUCAUCAUCAGCAUUCAGGACAAUUAAAUGAACAAUUAUCACAGAGAGGAGAUUUAACCUUAUAUAAUAAUACUACACAUUCAGAAAAAAGUGAUCCAAAAGCUGCUUAUUUAGCUGAAACUUAUCGAAAUGCUCAAAUUACACCAGGAAGAUUUUUAUUUUGAUGAAUUACACACACAAACACAUAGUGAAGUGGAUGGAUACUUCCACCAUCCAGCUUUUUUCUCUCGAAAUAGUCUUUCUUUUUUUUAAAAAAGGGAAAAGAAUAUUGUAUUAAUUGUUAGUCAAGCCCACAGCAUACUGUGAAAUUUCGAUUUUAUACACAUACCAUCUGGUACUAUAUGGAUUACGAUUUACACAUCUUUAACAUAACCUUAUUAUUGUUGUGAAUAAUUAUUCUAUGCAAAAAAUUGUUAUAAUUAAAAUAAUACAUCACAAUUUAAUGGUACCUCGCAUUAAUUGGAUUCUUCUUUGCAUUAAUGAUACAUGUAAUAUACAUUAUACAAUAAUAAUUAUCUCAUACUUAGUAAUUUUUAGUUCUUUAAGCGUAAAAGAUAGAACAAUUGAGAAAAAUCAAGAUCAAGUUAGUCAUUUAUCAUGAUUAUUUUUAAUUUAAUAAUUAUUUCUUGUAAAAUGAUAUUACAACAUAUUUUAUAUUUGUAAUGUUUAUUCGAUUAUUAUCUAUUAGUGUUUCUGUAAUCUUUUUCAAUUUCUUUUUAUUUGUUUGUAUGGUCUUAAUUUGUAAUGUUCAAUUGAAGGAUUAAUUAAUAAUUUUGAUAAGUGAUUAUAAUGAGAUGCAUUUAAGUGCAAUAAGAGAAAAUAUUCACUUUUAUUACUGUUAAUUAAUGCUGUAUUACAUUUUGUUAUUUAAAUUUUAAUAAUACGAUUUCAAGAAGAUAUAUUACAAUGGAUUGGACGGUAUUUCUACUUCUAGCCCACUCCCAUACUUUUCUUUGUAACAAUCAUUUCAUUGUUAAUCUUCUUCCUUACGUAUAGAACAAUUAUAUUUGAUUGGCUUCCUUGUUUGUUUUUCUUCAAAUUUCUACACUUGUCUUUUCUCAUUUGUUCUAUUUCUAAACAACAUAUGAGUGCUAAUAUUGCAAUUUAUGUACCAAAUACAUCAACGAUAUAAUGUUUAAUUCUCUUUCUAUGACCAUUAUUUGUUGUUUAACGAAUAAACGUACAAAUGUACAACAAACAACAUGGAGCAUUCGUUUGUUCACGCUGUAAGAUAGAUAAAUCUGUACAAUUUAUACAACAUAAAAUAGAUCAAUUUGCCUACUAAUUUUUUCUUACAUUUACUUUUUUUUCUCUAAACGCUCAGUGGUUUAUUUACACAUGGCUGGUAAGUAUAACAAGUAUCUGUUUUUCCCGAGAUGACCAUAAUUCUAUUGUAUCAUAUCAUGAUUUAUAGAAUGAUCUCUGUCACUUAUUUAAUAAUAAUACGGACAGUCUUAAUUGUUUAAUUAAUAAUUUAUAACUAUAAUUGUUGCAUCAUACAUAUAUUUCAAUUACUUUUCUGAAGAAAAGCUGUAUGCAAACAUUUGUCGUUUACUAUUUUUAACUGAUAGGAUUCCUGCAAGUCACAUCAUUAUUCUUACAUUUCUUAUCUGCUGCCACCACGACUACUAUUCAUUUAUAUUAUUAGUGACUAGUUCGAAAAUCCGAGAACUUUUUACACAACUGUUACCAAGGUCUUAUGCUAUUUUCUUAUGUUGUAUGUACUAUACUCAGAACUGAUGUGUGUUUAUACUUUCUCUCUCUCUGUCACUUAAUGUACGCGCAAAACAGCACUCGCGUGAUAAUGUCUAUUUUAUUUGUGAAAUAUUAUUUCUGUUUUCUUUCUAAACGAACAAUGAUAUUCUCAGUUCUGUUUUAUUUCUUUGAACUGGAAUUUCUUAAUUUCAUUAUAAUUUUAAACAAACUUUUAUUCGGUUUUGCUUAGCGAAAUGGUUUAAUACGAAUACUGAUGAUUAUGACACAAGAACGAAAUAAUGUGUUGUUACCAUUAUUAUUCCUAUAUAUAUUGAAUAAAUU